AUGAUUGACGAAGAUAGUACAUUAAAGGUAAAAGGAGACUCGAGAGAUUCGCCUUUUCAACAAUACUCACUUUUUGAUAUUAGCAUCGAUCCUGGACUAAAGGAUGACGAAGGUAACGAAGUCCCAAGACCUUACACAAAAAAUCAGAUGAGGAAGUGGUUAAAAAAAGUUAAAUGGGAAAAUCGUAAAGCGGAAAAACGAGCUAGAGAAAAGGCAAGAGCAAAAGAAAGAAGAAAAGAAGCACGCGAUGCAAAUUUAGACUCUGGUCCUAGUCGAAAAGCAUUAAAAAAAAUGAAAUUAGAGAAAUCAAAGAAAAAUAUUGGAGUAAUCAUAGACCUUAGUUUUGAUCAUUUAAUGAUAGAGAAAGACAGAUAUAAAGUCAUAAAGCAAAUAUUGAGAUGUUAUUCUAUAAACAGGAGGUCAAAUACUCCAUUACAUUUUCAUAUCACUAGUUUUGGAGAGAAAUCAAAAAAUGAUAUAGCAAGACAUAAUGGUUAUGAAAAUUGGGACGUAGAAUUUCAUGAGGAAUCAUAUCUUGACACAUUUCCAAAGAAAAACAUAGUUUAUUUAACAAGUGAAUCAGAGAAUGUAAUUGAGGUUUUUGAAGAAGAUACAUUUUAUGUUAUUGGAGGAUUAGUGGAUCAUAAUAAACAUAAGGGUCUUUGUCACAGGAUAGCUGUGGAACAAGGUAUCAGACAUGCGCAACUUCCUUUAGACAAAUAUGUUAAUAUGAAGACUAGAAAAGUUUUAACAAUAGAUCAUGUAUUCGAGAUCAUACUCAAAGUGUGUGAGGGUGUUUCUUGGCAAGAAACACUAAUGAAGGUUCUACCAGAAAGAAAAGGAGCUCAUAUUUGUGACAAUAAUAAAAAUUCUAUGCCAGAAAUGGAUUCAUGAUACAUAAAGAUUGAAACAUGACAAUUCUAUACAACAUAGUUUGCACUAUUUGAUAUAUACUUAAUAUAGUAUUGAAAAGACAUAUUUAUUAUUAAAUUAUUAUUAUUUUUUAAA